AUGGAGGAGGAGAGCAAAGAGAGCAAGAACAUAGCACGGCUAACAAUAAUGGAGCUGGCCAACAUGACAAGCGUCUCCAUGUCUCUCAAUGUCAUCGUCCGCCUGAACAUCCCAGAAGCCAUCUGGGAAGGCGGUUCCAACACCCCACUCUUCGCUGCCCAAAUCGUCGCUCGUGCCCUCCCCUCUGGCGAUCUCGAGAACCUCCAGCUCAUCCUCUGCAUGCUCACCAACUACGACAUGUUCCAGGAGCAGCUAACCCACUCUAAGAGAAAGUACUCGCUCACCGAGAUUGCCAAAAUGCUCGUCACCGAUGUUGAUGGCCUGUGA